GGGUUCUACGGAUGUCACUUUCUUAUGCUUUCUAACUUUCCACUGUUAAUGGAGCGCCUAAUGUUUACAGUGUGGUUUAUAGAAGAUACGCCGAUGUAAAACCUUCCUUUGAGGAUCGGACGUUCUAGAUAAGAAGCUUCUGAGUGGCCGCCGUGAACAUGGCGGACCGUGAGGAGCGUCGCUUUGCCGAGGUUUCCCGGGACUCCGUCAAACUCAUGGCCGAGAGUACAGGCGUGGAGCUCGGCGACGAUGUGGCUACACUGCUGGCUGAGGAUGUGUGCUACCGGCUCAGGGAAGCCACACAGAGCAGCUCUCAGUUUAUGAGACAUGCCAAGAGGAGGAAGCUGACGGUGGAGGACUUCAACAGAGCUCUGCGCUGGAGCAACGUGGAGGCUAUAUGUGGCUACGGGGCCCAGGACGCUCUUCCCUUCCGCUCAGCAAAAGAAGGAGAGCUUUUCUUCAUCGAGGAUCGGGACAUCAACCUGGUGGAGUUGGCUCUGGCCACCAACAUUCCCAAAGGCUGUGCUGAGACGCUGGUGCGAGUAAACGUGUCGUACCUGGACGGCAAAGGAAACCUGGAGCCUCAGGGGACAGUUCCCUCAGCGGUGCAGACCCUAUCAGAGGACCUGUUGAAGUACUACCAGCAGAUCACACGGGCCAUCCUGGGGGAGGACCCCCACCUCAUGAAGGUGGCUCUGCUGGACCUCCAGUCCAACUCCAAGAUCGCCGCCCUACUGCCAUACUUUGUUUACGUCAUCAGUGGGGUGAAGUCGGUGAGCCACGACCUGGAGCAGCUGAACCGGCUCCUCCACAUGGUGAAGAGCCUGGUGCAGAACCCCUACCUGUACCUGGGCUCGUACGUGCGCAGCCUGGUCUCCAGCGUCAUGUACUGCAUCCUGGAGCCCCUCGCCGCCUCCAUCAACCCGCUCAACGACCACUGGACCCUCCGGGACUACGCCGCGCUGCUGCUCAGCCACAUCUUCUGGACUCACGGAGAUCUGGUGAGCGGUCUGUACCAUCAGAUUCUUCUGUCCCUGCAGAAGGUUCUGUCCGACCCGGUGAGGCCCCUCUGCUCCCACUACGGGGCCGUGGUGGGGCUCCACGCUCUGGGGUGGAAGGCCGUUGAGAGGGUGCUGUUCCCUCACCUCCCUGCGUACUGGGCCAACCUGCAGGCCGUGCUGGAUGAUUACUCUGUGUCCAACGCGCAGGUCAAAGCAGACGGACACAAGGUGUACGGAGCCAUCCUGGUGGCGGUGGAGCGGCUGCUGAAGAUGAAGGCUCUGUCUCUGAGUCAGCCUGCAGACGGGGGCUCCGGUGGUCAGCAGGGCUCUGUGGGUGGGGCCAUGGGUUACAGGGUGAGCUCCCCCGGCCUCAGCCCACCCCCAGAGCCUCUGUCAGAUGCCGCCCUGGGGAUCGCCAGCCACCUGCAGGCGGGGGGGGCUGGCUGCCCCUGGGAGGAGUGGACCCCGGUCCCUCUGCCCGCCAUGUACUGCGAGCUGUACUCCUUCUUCGGGGACAGCCUGGCGGUCAGGUUCAGCACGGGGCCCGGGUGGGGCAGCUACCCCCCCUGCACCCUGUCCCAGCACAGUGACACCAAGAAGGAGCCUGCUGGCCCCGCCUCCAACCCUGACACCGCCCGAAAGAUGCCUCAGCUGACGGCCAACCUCAACAUCAGCCCCAGGCAGGAUGGGAGUCCUCGCACUGAUCCCCCCCCGCCCAGCCUGGCAGCCACAGGACCAGGAAGGUCCCUGGCUCGCUCCUCUUCCUCCUCCUCCUCGGUGCAGCGCUCCAGAUCUUCCUCGUCCCGUGCCGGCCCACGCUCAGCCGGUCUGUCCCGAGACGUUUUCCCCAAAGCCCGUUUCACCCCCCCUCCAACAGGCCUGCCGGUGUUCACCUUCCUCAUCGGCGGGCGGCAGAUGGGCCGCCGCUGCCAGGGCCGUCGCCCCUUCCAGACCACCUUCGCCCCGACCCCGCCUCUUCCUGCCAUCCCGCCACGUGCCUACGCCCACAAACUGCCAGUCAUCGGCAGGGUGGGCAAACCUGUGCGCCGCUGGGCCGGCUCCCAUUACUCCCUUCACCUGCCUCUCUAGGGGGGGGGAGUGGGGGGGAGAGAACUAUAGCACUACUGACUUAUACAUGCCGAGAAUCACUUUCUUAUUUUGAAAGGAUUCUGGUUUCUUAUCGAGAUGGAUAACAAUAUCUGGCCGGUAGGACCUCUCCACCAACGUAUUGACACAGACAUGCAGUUUGGACAUAUUUUGGGUUUAGGGCUUGGAUGUAUUAUCAGGAAAACCCCCAAAAAUUAAGAACACGUUUCCCAAUGCGGCAUGACUCAGGCAGCAUUUAAAUAAACAUGGCAAACACAAAGAAUAUGAAGCGCUUGAAGGCAGACCAAGAGAACGUUCAGGAGGACGUGAUGAACACGCCUGUACCUGUCUUUGAAUGAAUCAGAUUAGUGCACAUAGUAACAACUAUAUGUCCCACUAACAGGUGGUCUGUUUUUAGUCCCCCCCCCAAAUACAGCAUUUUUCUGCAUUUGUGUAUCUGACGUCACAUUGCUGCGUUUCUUACUGAGAGAUUAGAGGUUUUAUUUAUUUUUUGGUUAUAAAAAAUGGGGAAUACAACGUUGAUAUUUUGUUUGUUUUUCAGUUAAUAUUUAAAACUGUGACUAACAGUUAUUCUCAUCUUUUUGUUGGGAGUUUUGUAACUUUACACCCCAAAGUGAAAUGUUGCUAAAUAUAUUUGAAUCGCAAUGAUAUAAAAAAGAGAAGCUGGAUCCAGAGAACGUUUUGCUGUGUAUUUUACAGAAUUGAAAAGAAGAAAUUAGAAAAACAUGUAAUUGUUCUUUUGUUUGUACUGGUUAAUUAAUUAGUCUUCCUGUUGUUUGAGCGCUAAAUCUCAUCAACCGUUGUAAGAUGUUAUGACUGAAGCUGGAGCUCAGACCCGACUCAUGAAUCCCACAGAGGACAGAAACACGGAGUCAUGUAAGAGUGCGGAUUUCUCCUGGAAGCCCUGAAACCUGCGAGCAUGUAUUUAUACAGAGCUGUAGUUUCCACAGAAUAAACCGUUCUCUUCUGUA